AAAAUAUUAUCAAUAAAUAUGACACUAUGUAAAGCUUGCUUGACUUUAGAUUGAGGACAUGGAGAUGUACCUAGUGUGUAUGGUGUUACCUGUCACAGGUAGAUAACCAGGUAUCUUGCAGUAAGUUUCAGUCACAUUUCAUUGUAGUCAAGAGAAGAUGUGAUUGUUUGGACACAGAAAACUUAAUGGAAUAAUUAAGACAUUCAUCAUCAUCCCAACAAACGAUUUUCUCCAUAUAUCCUGCAACUUUUGAAUAGAUAUCAUGGAUCCCUCCACAAGUGGCCUGGAUGUAACACAGUGUGACCUGUGUGAGAGUGCUGUAGUACAAAUGCACUGUGAUACAUGCCUUGUCAAGCUGUGCAAGGCUUGUGUGGGUGAACACCUUUCUACUGGUCACUCAAAACCUCACAAAAUCAUCGACCUCAAGGACAGAGCUUCUAAUCUUAUUUUCCCAGGAUGCACCACACAUUAUGACAGCCUGUGCGAAUCCUUCUGCAGGGACUGUAAAAUUCCUGUCUGCUUGCUGUGUGUUAUCUCUGGCAAUACACACAAAGAUCACCAGCUCUCUUUGAUAGCAGACAUAUUCAGUUCCAUGAAGCUUGUCAUUCAGAAAGACCAAAAGGAACUUGAGGAAAUUAUCAUCCCCACCCACAGAAACAUUACAUCUUACAUGCAAAUCCGAAUGAGUCAAUUAGAAAAGGAAUAUGGGUAUGUCUCUGAUUCAGUAACAAAACAUGGGAAGAAGUGGCACCGAGAAAUCAAUAAACUUGUCGACAAAAUGAAAGCUGAAGUUGAGGAAAUGAAAGCUGCACAUUUAGAAGCUCUCACAAAACAUCAAGAGGAAUUCAGUCAAAGAACAAUGAAACUUCAGGAGACAUUACAAACAUGUAAGAACACACUAGCCUCCAAUGACACUUCCCUUGUCUUGACUCAUACAUUGCUCAAUGAAGAAUACAGACGUCUCCCUCCAAAACUCACUGCAUCUUUUCCAGCCUUCAAGGCACAAAAGAUUUCAGCUGAAAACCUCACAGAAUUAUUUGGAAUGUUGACAAAACUUUCCUUUACAUCAGAUGAGCAAGGGUACUUCAUGAAAAAAGCAGAGAAAUCCCCAGAAGCUGUUCCCCUUCCUCCAGUCAGAUCGCUGCUUGAUGAACCAGAGAUUGUUACAAUCAUAGACACUGGAUAUAAAUAUCUUUACGAUGUCCAGGUCUGCCAAAGUAAUGAGGAAAUUUGGACAAAAGGAAAAGACAGCCUCUUGAAACUCUUCAAAAUCCAUCCAGUGUCACUACUUCGGUCUGUGAGAACAGAGUCUGGAAACACACCAGAGGAGAUAGCUCUGACAUACGAUGGAGACCUAGUUUAUUCUGAUUACGAUGAGAGAACUGUAAAUAUUGUCAAGAAUGAACAGAUAGAGGAAGUGAUCAGAUUAGAGAGCUGGAGACCUGUUAGCAUCUGCCACACCUCCUCUGGAGACCUCCUGGUUACAAUGGACAGUGAUGAUAACAAACAUACAAAACUUGUCCACUACUCCGACUUUGCAGAGAAACAAACCAUUCAGUUUGAUGACGAGAGUAAACCUCUGUAUUCCCCUGGAUUUUACUUACACAUCAGUGAGAACAGAAACCUGGAUAUCUGUGCAGCUGAUGGCUCAGGGGCAGUAGUAGUGGUCAAUUCAGCGGGAAAACUUCGAUUCAGAUACACUGGACAUGCGCCUGCUCCAAAGAAUGAGUCAUUCUACCCAGUAGGAAUUGCCACAAACAGUCAGGGUCAUAUUCUUACAUCUGAUUACGAUAACCAGUGUAUCCACAUUACAGAUGAAGAUGGACAUUUCCUCCGAUUCAUUGACUGUGGAUUGAGUUAUCCUUGGGGACUGAGUACUGAUUCAAAUGACAAUCUGUUUGUUGCCGACAGUAAAAAGAAGAGUGGAAAAAUCAUCAAAUACAGAUACCUACAGUGAUGUUUACCUUGAAUAAUCUUACAAUGUUAUUCAUUAUCACGAAACCAAAAAAAAAUUCAAAAUCCAGAUUCACAGAAUCAGUGCAACAAUGAACUUGCUUUUAUUCGUUAUUUAGUUCUACACCUGGUAUAAUCCAUGCAUUUAUUUAUGUAUCACAUCAUAUUUUAAAGUGAACGAGCCUGUUGUGUAUAAAGGAUAUGGGAUGAGUUUAUGGGAAAGUUCCUACAUUUACUGACAUCCUGCGGAUUAGUGUUGAACCAGAAGAGAUACAGCAGGAAAAAAAGAUUGAAACAGAACCAAUGAAAACUAGGGUGAAGUUUACAACCCAUAGUAUGAUAAAUUAACAGAUAUGACAUAGCUAAAAGACUAACAGACAAUUUAUGCUUGAAUGGAAUUAAAAGGUCAUCUCAUUAUUAAUCUAAAUUUAAAAUACAAGUAUUUACUAGUUAAAAAAAAUAAACUGGUAGAAGUCCUCCCUAUUUAGGACUGGAGUGCUGCAGUCACAAAGUCUCUGUUACUUGAAAAAUAAUAUCAAACACAAGAUGUUUAACUUUCUGACUUAAUAAGAUCAUGGAUUGUCGUUGUUAUAUACAUACAACACUCCCUGUUGUAGGUACACACAUACACUGUGUUAUGUGUAAAUUGACAUGUAAAUGUGCGUUAAUGGCGUUUUGCCACCGGGGGAGGGGGGGGGGGUGGGGGGCAUAUAAAGUAUGUGUAUUCUUUCCAUUCUCUACCCAUAGGUGUCGCUGCUCGCCAACACAUCUGUCAAUGCUGACAUUUCCAAAUUCUUGUAAAAUGCUUUGUAAAUUCUUAUACAGACGCUUAACUUCGCUAAAAUCAUUUUGUGAUGCAGAAUUUUAAGAUAAAAUUGUUUUACCACUUGUAAACAAAUUCCCACAAUUUAGAUUUUAAUCAUAAUAAAGCAUUUUCUUCCGAUUUUUGGUGUUAUCUUUGCUACAUUAAUCAUUUUUAUUUUUAAAUUCUGUUCCGUUUUCCAUUCCGUUCUGUGUUUUAGCAACACCCGUAUAAAACUGCAAAGCUAAAAAAACCAAGAUAUUCAAGGGAGCUUAUUACAGGGGUCGAAAUUAACUUUUUCUACCACAGGCUAAUUUUAGCCUGUGGGUAAAAAAUCCACAGGCUAAAAUGAAAACAAUGAAAAUAAUGAAGCAGUGCUCUUUUUAUAUAUAUAUAUAUUCAAUCAGUGAUUUUCCCCAUCAUUAAUGAGCCUAGUGGGUCAACAGGCAGCGUUUGGACAAGACACUAAGUUACGUAAGUCAUAUGGUGCAAUGUCUAGGUCUCUUGAUUAUCGCACCUCUAACAGUCUAAUCCACGACUUGUUUACCGCAGGUCUAGAUCCAGUCUUCCAAUUUCAUGCCACAUCAGGGUUGUCACUAGUGAUUUUUUAAAGCGAAUACAGGACUCGUGGUUUUAUAAGCAGCACGAUCACGAGUCCUAUGACUUUUUUGAUAAUCGUCUACGCGGUGAGAAAUGCACCCGUGUCGUCACUACAACCCGACCUCAAUAUGACAAUGACAUUCUCAUGAUUCUGAUAAAAAUAACUACCGGAAGACUUGGUAAAACAUAGAUUCCGAUAUUUUUUUGUAGAUAAAUGAAUAACAAAAACAUCAUACUUGGAAUUAUUCAAUUUAAUCACCCCUAUAGGUGAACAGGACUCGUGGCACAUGUCGAUAUGCGAUGUCCAAUCUCUAAAGCAUUUGUUUGACUCCGAGUUUCUUAAAAAAUCAUAAAAGAAAAA